AUGAUUGAACUCGCAAACAAGCUCAUGCCAAACCUGCACGCCAACCAUUGCCAGCUACAGCAGACAAUAACAGUGUUUGUAUGUGCAGAAAUACAGCCACACGUACACACAACUUGUAAUGUCACAUCGCCAACGCACACACACACUGGCUCGCCUACUCCUUCUCUUUUUCUAUUAUUUAUUCUGGGUUUCUUUGCCCCGACAUCACCACAAUAUUUCCUGCAAUCCCCCGCCUCUAGACCUACUUUCGUAUCCUCUCUAUCAACAGAACUUCCUACUACCCAGCAUCCUUUUUCUAAAACCUUCACCUUCUUUUUCCUUUCUCCAAUUCUUUCACUCUCACCGUCCUCUUCACCCCUCACUCUUAUUUAUUGCUUUUCCUUACACUUUUCCCCUCCCCCUCCACCUACUCCUCCUCACCUUCCUUUUUUUUUCUUCUGUGUUCGACGCGUAAACAACACGCGGACGAGCGUCUAA